ACCCGCAAUUACAAAUUUACAAGGCGAUACAACGAACAGACACAAUGCAGCAGCAGCACCACCACAACUCAUCCGCCGCCGCCGCCGCCGCAUCGGAUCAUGGCUCCGAGAUCCGCCGGGCCGUCUCACAUCCUCCCAUCCGUCAUCGCCCUCUCCCUUCUCUCACUCGGCUUCGUCAUCUACAAGGUGAACGACUUCGCCACUCAGACCAAGACACUGGCCGGCCACAACCUCAAGCCGACGCCGUGGCACUUCUUCCCGCCAAAAACCUUGACCGAUGAGACCCUCCACGACCGAGCGUACAAGCUCAUCCACUGUUACUACUGCCGCUACACAAGGAACGAAGUCCCUGAACGACGCCGUCCUCCGUCGUCCCGCGCGAAAGCCCCGAAAUGCCCCGAGUUCUUCCGUUGGAUCCACCACGAUCUGGAGCCCUGGGCGCGGACCCGGAUCUCCGCCGCCCAUUUGGAGACCGCCAAGCAAUACGCAGCGUGUCGCGUGGUGAUUGUUGACAGGAGGCUGUAUGUGGAUUUGUACUGGGCCUGCGUGCAGAGCCGCGCCAUGUUCACCAUUUGGGGUUUUCUGCAGCUCCUUGCCAGGUAUCCGGGUCGGGUUCCGGAUGUUGAUAUCAUGUUUGAUUGUAUGGAUAAGCCCAUCAUCAACCGGACCGAGCACCAAUCGAUGCCUUUGCCGGUUUUCCGGUACUGUACGGACGGUGAUCACUUUGAUAUCCCAUUUCCUGAUUGGUCCUUCUGGGGUUGGCCAGAGCUUAACAUUCAUCCCUGGGAAGAGCAGUUCCCAGAAAUCAAGAGGGGUUUUCAGGAAAGAAGUUGGAAAAAGAAGGAGCCUUUUGCAUAUUGGAAAGGAAAUCCAGGUGUUAGUUCCCCUGUUCGUACAGAGUUACUUAACUGCAACGACACGAAGAUGUGAAGUGCGCAGAUUAUGCGUCAGGAUUGGGAAGCGGAAGCAAGGGCUGGUUAUGAGCAGUCCAAACUAUCUAAGCAGUGUAAUCAUCAGUACAAAAUCUAUGCAGAAGGCUAUGCUUGGUCAGUCAGCUUGAAAUAUAUCGUAUCAUGUGGCUCUCUUACACUAAUAAGAACCCCGCAAUAUGAGGAUUUCUUCAGCCAUGGUCUCAUUCCUAAGAUUAAUUAUUGGCCCAUCUCCCCUAACGCUAUAUGCCCAUCCAUAAAGUCUGCUGUGGACUGGGCUCUUGAACACCAAUCUGAGGCUAAGGCAAUGGGACAAAGAGGGCAGAAUUUCAUGGAAAGCCUAAGCAUGGAUCGGGUCUAUGAUUACAUGUUUCACCUCAUAACGGAGUACUCAAAGCUGCUGGACUUCAAGCCAGACAUUCCAGCUUCUGCGAUGGAAGUAUGUACAGAAUCCUUGCUUUGUCUUGCUGACCCGAUACAGAGGGAGUGUCUUAAAAAGUCUACCGCUUACCCUUCUCCUGGCCCCCCGUGCGCUCUCCAAUCGGCUGAUAGUAGUCUCAUCAAGAGAUGGAAGCGGCGAAAACAAGAAACGAUGGACGCCGUGGAGGACAUGAAUCCGAAGGAACGGAGACGAUUAAACUAGGAUGUAUGCUGUCGUAGUGUAAUAAUCAUAAUUCUUUUAGUUUUGUAGUUUGAUGGUGUAGUCUUAGAUGGCUCCUGAAGUAAGGUUUUCAUACCCCUGUUGAGAAAUCUAUAGCAUUGCUCAUUGACACACAGCACUUGGGAGAGAACAAUAAAAAUUAAAUUUUUAGGCUAA